GCUUUUGCAGUGUAUGGAUGCGCCACGCUAAUUGAGCUUUGGCAACGCGAAUAUUUUAAGGUUGUAUUUUUUUAUCUCGUCUGGAAUUGCGUGCUGUGUUAUUGUGGACUGUGCUAAAAUACCAAAAGACAUUGUUUGAUUGUGCCUGCGACUGCAUUAUUUCGGAGAUGGUGAUCCUUACCAGCCGCGCUGACAUGUCAGAAGGGCAACCCACACCUGAAUGGGACAUCAACGACGCCGUCGUACCGAGGGUGACAAGUUUCGAUACAUUUAGCGAAUGGUGUGACGGUCACGUGAGAAGAGUCUACCCGCCGGCCUGCGAGGAAGCACGCAGGCACGCUUCAGGCUGGGCCAUGAGGAACACCAAUAACCACAAUGUGCACAUCCUGAAGAAAAGCUGCCUAGGAGUACUGGUGUGCUCGGCCAGAUGCCGAUUGCCGGACGGAUCGAGAGUGCACCUACGACCCGCCAUUUGUGACAAGGCCCGAAAGAAACAGCAAGGCAAGCCUUGUCCCAACCGAAUGUGCAACGGCGGUCGUCUAGAAGUCCAACCAUGCCGCGGCCACUGCGGCUACCCAGUCACACAUUUCUGGCGGCAUACGGAACAUGCGAUAUUUUUCCAAGCAAAAGGAGCUCACGACCAUCCUAGACCAGAAGCUAAGGGCGCCAGCGAAGUGCGAAGAACGCUGGGAGCUGGCAGACGAGUGAGAGGAUUGGCGUUGCUGCUAGCGAGAGAGGCGGCGAUAGCGGAUAAAAUAUUAACCGUGAAGCCGGAUAAACAGAUGUCGCAGAAUAUAUGCACGCCUCAUCAAAAACAACCCCCGCCGCUCAUACCAGACAAUCAGAGAGGUCUUACAUGCACCUGCGGGCCAUUCGAGUGCUCAUGUCGGUGGCGUACAGAGCACCCUACAGAAGCGUACGCGGCGCCUGCGUGGUCCCCCGUAGAAGCCCAAGGUUAUGGGGCGUACGCCCCUCCCGCGUCCUCCGUUCCCAAUCUACCCCCUCAACAACACUACGACCCCGCCACGCUGCCAGCCGACGACAUUUUCCACCCCGAAGAAAUAUUCCAACUAGACCAACCAAUUCGCUUAGAUUUCCCAAUCGAAGAAACCACAUUAGAAUCGCCACCCACAUUCGCAGACCUCAACGACAACUCCAGACCCGAGGAAGCCUAUUGGCUGGAUUGGCAAAGGGCGGCUGGCGGAUCAGAAUCCAGCGAAACUCCGUCCCCUGAACUGUUCGGCAACGGUUACCAACAAGCGGACGCUUACUGCGAACAGCAGACCUAUCCACCCCAAAUGUACUACCCUGAAGAAGCACAUCAGUAUUACCCUGUAGAAAACACUAGAACGUCCCCCGUAAUGCAGAUGCAAGAACAGAGGUACUACAGAUACGGGCAGGACUGUGGGCAAAAUAGUAUGGACAUGCAAAGUUGGAAUUAUACGGACUGCGCUUUCCCAUCUAAUGAUGUUUCUGAGUGCAAACAAUACUACGAUGCGCAACACCAUCAAACUAUGAAUGCGUUCAGUGAGCUUUUAUAAUAAACAAAACAAGUAGUGAAAUAACCAUGUAAAUAUUAUAAAUAUUGUAAAUAACUUAUAUUUUAAUCCGUUUUGUUAUCUUAUAUCGGAUUAUACUCCUGAAAUAUAUCUAUAUUAGGUAUAUUGCAGAACAUCUUUUGGUUCCUAUUUCGGAUAAUAAUAGCACCCUGUAAUAGUUUUUAAGUAUUUCUAAUUCGAUCUGUGAGAAAAUAAAACAACCAUUUGUACAAAAUCGUCUAUUUAUU